AUGGCCAGCGACAAAAUCACCCCCUUUCCUUUCGACAUUAAUCCUCCUUCCGCAGGCCGUGCUGCGAGGCCUAUGUCCGCGCCCGCUCCUGCGCCCAGUACCAGGACUGAGUGCGCGCGACCACCAUCCUUCUCCCUCUCCGGACCCGUCUCGCGCCUCCUCGAUCCCUUCUCGACCGCCUCGAGCGAGCGCGACAGGGACUCUAUGGCGUCCCCAGCGCGUUCAUCCGGCGCGAGUGUGGCGGCGACCUCGCCCACUGAGCAGCAGCCUAUCCUCACCCUCAAACUCAGCGGGCCCUCCUUCCUAGACACCGUCAUCCGCGACACCGUAUCCAAGCAGCCACUCUACAUUAUCGAGACCGUGCGCGACCUCACUAGCGUCUACCGUCUGGACAGCCGGCUCAACGAGGCCGGCAAAGCGGCGGCUGUGCAGUGGCCUCCCAGCCUCACCACAUCCUCCAAGGGCAAGGGUAAGUCGGGCAAGAGCGUGCAGAUGGGCAGUGGCAGUUGGCGCGACGCGGAGGAUCUGCUCAAGACAGGUGCUCUAGGAAACAUUGCGAGCCGCAAAUUUAACCUUCCCCACUAUCCACAUACACUCAAGUGGAAGCUGAUACCUGGCAACUCUUAUGUGAACGCUCGGUUUACUUAUUUUUGCAGUACAAGCGCAGUUAAGGGGCCGAUCGCGGUGCUCGACGCUGCAGUGCUGUCGGCAUCGCCGCGGAUACGCAUCUACGAGACGCUGAUCUCGCAAGAGCUCGUGCGCAGCCAGCAAAAUCAUUCCGGUGUACCAACCUUGCUGCUGGAUUAUCUGAUAACAACCGCCAUGCUUCUCACAACAACUAACCAGGAAUGGCUGGAUCGCCCUGAGAACGCGCGAAUCCCAGGCUCGAGUUCGCGCACUGUGCAGAAAUGGAUGGCAAUCAUCCACUCAAGACCUGUACCACCGGCAGACGAUCUGGGCCGUGAAGAUGAGCGUGAGGAUGAGCGUGAAGAUGAUGAGCCUUCUAGCCCUACAACCCUGUUCUCUCGGCGGACGAGCUCGUCUCUAUGGGACGUACGGACGACAUAUUCGUCGGGCAGUGGCAGCGGGUCCGGCGGUAGCGAGCAUGUAAUGUCGCCUACGACACCGGCAACAACCGUCUCGACACAAUCUGGCUUCUCAUUUGCGCGCCAUGGUCAUAGUUCACUCAAUCAAGAGCAACAGGUGCCUCCCGUACCUCCGCUCCCUGCCCUUCCUCAACCGCAACAGCCGCAAUACCGACUACAGCUCGCGAACCCGGGCCCCAGUGUUGCUUCAAGCUCCAAAGGUAUGGCUGCCGAGGUGCCGCGGUCCCACAGUCCAACACCCUCAAUGGUGCCAUCAGUAGCUUCUCCGGCAUACGAGGAAGUAGUGUCAUCCUCUCACCCCUUCGCAGCAUGGAGCAUUUUCCCUCGGCCGUCUUCUGUCUCCUCUAUGCGGAGACGGCAACUCCCGACGCCGCCGGUGGCGCAGAGCGAAGCACAACGCCCGAGCGCGUACGCUCAGAUGCAGGGGCAUGCGCAAGACCUGUCACGAACAUCCUCUUCCUCGCCCUCCCCCAACCCGUCCGCACAAAAUCCUGCCCUGUACGCAAACGCGUCUGCGCCCAGAGUCUCUGGGGCGAGCAGCACGAAUACAAGCGCGAGAGCAUAUGCGCGGCGCUCGAUGCGCUCGGUACGAUCGAUACCGCUUGCGCCGCCCCCACCACAAGCCGCAAUGCCGCUACCCUUGCCGCCGAAAUUAGCGGCGGAGGCCAGUCGCGGGGAAAGCUCCAGCUCAGGUCAGUCUGCAGUUCCAGCGAGACACCAACAGGAGCUAGCAAAUGCACUACAAGAGGGCGAGCUCGUCCAGGGCAUAAGCGCGCUGGCGCUCUCGCUACCCACCGGUAUGUCUUCGCCACCGUACGCGCCUCCGACACACGCGUACUCGCCGCCUGCGGACCCAACGGCAAUGCAUAUGGAUGUGGGGCGCGUGCGCGCGUCCUUCGCGCACGUACCGCGAGAGGCGGAGACGGAGAGCAUCUACGAGAUGCCGCCGCCAGCGUACGACGACAUCGACUUUUCGUUGAGGAUACCUGGCAUGUCUGGACGUGGACGGCGACGAAAUGCAUAG